AUGGCAAAUAAUAAUCAUGAAAUAUUGGGUGGAGCUUUUCAGCCUGAAUUCACAAAACCUCUUGAAAAUAUGACAAUUCCGCUUGGUAGAGACGUUGUUUUCACUUGUCACGUUGAACAUUUGGGUGGUUACAAAAUCGGCUGGGUCAAAGCCGACACGAAGGCAAUCCAGGCUAUUCACGAUCACGUGAUAACUCACAAUCCACGUGUGUCAGUUUUCCAUGGCGAUCACUCGACCUGGAGCUUACGCAUCAAAGGUGCUCAGAAAGAGGAUGAAGGCCUCUAUAUGUGCCAGAUCAACACGGAUCCAAUGAAGAGCCAGACGGGUAUGUUGUCAAUUGUAGUUCCUCCUGACUUUAUCCCAGAAGAAACAUCUGGCGAUGUGACAGUUUCAGAGGGAUGGCAUGUAAAACUGAAAUGUCAAGCAUCUGGAAUACCGUCCCCGCGAGUAAGUUGGCGUAGAGAAGAUCAAAAGGAAAUAAUUAUUCGAGAGCCCUUUCACGAGAAAUCAACUAGCUCCAAUGAGAAAUUCAAAGUGCACAAAGUUUUGGAGUGGAUUGGCGAGGAACUUUAUCUACCAAAAAUCAAACGAGAUCAGAUGGGCGUCUACCAUUGUAUUGCAAGUAAUGGUGUACCUCCAACUAUCAGCAAACGUAUAAUCGUCGACGUACAUUUUCCGCCGGUGAUACACGUGCCGAAUCAACUGGUCGGUGCGCCUCUCGGAACUGACGUCAUGCUCGAAUGUUUCGUCGAGGCCUCUCCACAAUCGAUUAAUUACUGGUUCAACAAUAAUGGCGUGAUGAUCAUAUCGAGCAGACAGCACGACGUCCAAGUGGUGACGAAGGCACCGACAAAAGGUCACCACACCACACAUCCCAACUUCAAUUUCAAAGUAAAGAUGCUCUUAACCAUACGCAAUUUUACCAAGCAGGACGUCGGCACUUAUCGAUGCGCCGCAAGUAAUUCCAAUGGAAAUUAUGAGAGCAGUAUUCGUCUGUACGACAUCACGAGCGCGGUGAAGCAGAAGGUCUCGGGCGAACCACUGCCCGGGGAAUCCGAGAGCGAGACCAGGCAGCAGCAACAGCAGCCCCAGGACCUCGAGGCAGGUUCGCGGAAGCCAAAUUACGGGAACUCCCCGACGGAUCACCUCGAGCGAGCCUCGGAUUUCGGCCAGCAGCCGGCCUCCCUCGACAACUCCCUGCAAGGACUCGUGGGCUCGACGCGGCACACGACCCCGACCUCCGGACUCAAGCCCCGCUCCAGACGACCCACCUCCGGCUCCUGGAGCGCGACUCCGCCCGCAUUGGCCGGCAUCCUGCCCCUCCUCGUCUACUGCAGGUGAAACACGCGGCCGACAUGAGCCUCCGAGUUUGGGCGCCUCGGUCGAGCGUAAACGAGGCGCGUCGGGGCUCGAGUGCACCGUUCUCCUCUAAACGACCGUGUCGGCAGGACCUCGUGCCUGGGUCGGCGCGACCGGGGGCAGGUGCGCACGGGGAGCUUCCCGCGAGUCCCACGGACAAAGUGCCCAGCAUUCUCCUGCGCGUGUUUCUCUUGAUUGUAUUCGUGUUGUAGAUGUUAGGCUGCGAUCUUCCUAUUACAUAAGUGAGCCAAAC